CUCAUAUAUGUAUAACAGGAACUUAACAUCACAAAAAGGCAAAUCCAUAAAAAUAGGUCACAAUAAUUUAUUUCAAACCUUUUUUUUUUCAAUUUUAUUUGUAUUCGGGUUUUGAUUAAGCUGUUACGCUCACACAUCGCGACCCGAGAAGCACUUAACUAAAAAAAACCAAAAAAAGUCAACAUGACGUCACAGCAUCGCUGUCCUCUCUUCGGGAGGAGACUGUCACGUGACACCUGCACGCCGCCGUCCUCGUCCUCCUCCUCCUCGCGCGUGCACGAGCAUCGACGCAGACUUGGCACCGCUGGCGGAGAACCAACAGUUGAUCUGUCAUGAACAAGGCGGAGGGUCUGGCCACUCCCGUCCACUUGGCGUCCUCGCGAGGCCCGAGCACGCCGGGCUCCCCCGCCCCCGCCGCCGCCGCCAUCACGGCGCGUGUGGACGAGGAGGUGGUGCCGUACCGGGACCUGGCGGCGCUGCCCCGGGACAAAGCCAUCCUGCAGGUGGAGAGGCCCGACCUGAUGACCUAUCAACCGCACCUCACCUUCUCGCCGCUCGACAUGCCACGAAGAGAGCGAUCCCUGUCGCCUCCCGCCGCCUCCCCCGCCAUGUCACCUGAGGUGAAGGGGCGGCGAGCGGAAAGCGACGGCGGCUCCCCCGGAGGCUCCAUGUUGCAACUGCAGCCCGGACGCAAAAUCAGCGCCAGCCUGCAGCAUUUCCACCGACCAGAUAACGGAGCAAACAUCUACAGUAAACCUCCCAUCUACAAACAAGAAGCCUCCAAGCACCCCGAAGGUGGCGGCGUCAUCCAGUCGGCAAAGUUCCCGGCCGCUCAGCCUCCGGACCCCAACCAACCCUCCAAGAUCGAGACCGAGUACUGGCCCUGCCCGCCGUCGCUGGCCGCCAUGGAAAUAGAGCGGCGCUGGAAGAAGAUGGAAGAAGAAGACGACGACGACGACUUUGACGACUUGACGGACGAGGCCAGGACGCUGCACGAACAGGAACUAGAGAAGAUCAAGUCCAACCUGGGACGUCUGAUCCUGAAGGAAGAGAAGGAGAAAGCGUCUUCUUUCCGCAGGAAGACACAGUCCCUGCCCGACAGAAGUCACCUGCACACCAGUCUGGCGGCGAGCGCUUCCAAGUCACCGUCCCGUUCGGGCUCGGGGCUGACCAGAAUGCAGUCGGCCGACUUCCCCGCGGACGCCGCCGCGCGUGCAGCGGCUCAGAACGGCGAGGCCCAAAAGGAGCGCAUGGAUCGGGGAAACUCGUUGCCGAGCAUCUUGGAGCAGAAGGUGUAUCCCUACGAGGCGCUGAUGGUCACCCACAGGGGGCGAUGCAAACUUCCUCCCGGAGUGGACCGCACUCGUCUGGAGAGACAUCUGGCGCCGCAGGAGUUCCAGCAGGUGUUCGGGAGCUCCGGGGAAUUCGACCGCCUAUCUCUAUGGAGACGAAAUGACCUCAAGAAGAAGGCCUUGCUCUUCUAACAGGAAGUGACAUCACGGCCAAGCAAGUGUUUGGCUACAUCACAGCACGCUAACAAACGCUACUUAGGCAGCAGCUUGUGUUGUCAUGGUUACCAGCGGCGCUCUCCAGUCGCCCCCCCCCGGCCCCCCAUGAGGAAU